AUGGUAUUGAAAACAUCAUUCUUUGCUCUUGCAGUUGCAGCUACGCUUGUAUCAGCAAAACAUUUGGACAACCAACAAGAGGAUGCCUUUGUCCAAAUAGCCGAGGAUGGAUCAGGAUUCACACGCUAUGGCGUUCCUUACAUGAUGCGCUCAGCAAAUUACUGGCAUGGCAUGUGGCUCGGUGCUGAUGACUGUAAUGGUGGUGAUCGUAAACGUAUGGAGAACGAAGUCCGUCAGCUGGCUGAAAUGGGCAUCAACAACUUGCGUAUCAUGGCAUCUUCCGAAGGACCGGAUGAUCAACCCUAUCGUGUGCGACCCUCCUUUAUGCCAAAGCCUGGUGAAUACAAUGAAGCAGUAUUCAAGGGGCUUGACUAUCUUUUGGAUACCAUGGAAAAAUACAACAUGACGGCUGUCAUGACCAUGAACAACUUUUGGCAUUGGUCUGGAGGCUUUGGUCAAUACGUCGCCUGGGUUACUGGUAACCAAACCAUUCCUUAUCCUGCUGGUGAUGUUACCUAUGACGACUUUACCCAAUACGCUGCUCGUUUCUAUAAUGACAGUAGCGUUGCUCCCAAGGCACAAGAAAUUUUCAAGAAUCAUAUCCACACCGUCCAAAACCGCGUCAACACCGUCAACGGCAAAACCUACAAGGAUGAUCCUGUCAUCAUGACAUGGCAGCUAGCCAAUGAACCCCAACAAGGCCCUGGAUGGUGGUUUGAAGAAAUCAGCUCCUUCAUGAAAAAGAACGCACCCAAGCAUCUUGUUAGCGCUGGUCUUGAGUCCAUCCUUGACAAGUACGAUUUUGAUCGUGCACACAAACACAAGGAUAUUGAUUACACCACCUGCCAUCUCUGGGUUGAAAAUCGCGGCAUUUAUGAUCCAGCCAAUGUCACCACCUUUGCUGAUGCUCAAGCUGCUGCCAAAGAUUUUAUCUCUAGCCGAUCCGAAUGGGCACAGACAUUAAAGAAGCCCAUUCUCUUGGAAGAAUUUGGAAUGGCACGCGAUGCUUGGCAUAAGCCUGAUGACCUCGAAUACAAGUACGAUCCAUCCACACCUACGACACACAAGGACAAAUUCUAUCAUGACAUCUUUGAACAAAUCGUUGAUCUUGCCAAAGAUCGCAAAUUCAGUGGCAGUGGUUUUUGGGCCUAUAGCGGUGAAGGUCGUUCCACAGAUUAUCCAAACAAGUACGGCAUGGUAUUCCUCGGCGACCCACCACACGAGCCUAGAGGAUGGUACAGCGUUUACGACAAGGAUACCACUGUCAAGGUGAUUAGAGAUUACAACGCAGAGCUCAAGAAACUUGAACAUUAG